GUACUCGUGCCAAGGUCUCGUAUAUCAUACUCGCCCGCAGUCGCGCCGUGGGCGCUCCGGCGGCACUCUCUGGAGAGAGUGCCGGACAGUCCAACGCAAACGACAGUCCAACGCACUUAGUGGCCCAAAGUCUGGGUACGACGCCCCAAGGACACGGUCGAGUAUGAUACGAGACCUUUGGCACGGGUAGAUAGCGCCACUGGUAAACCGCGGUUUUGCUUGUUUCGUUGUGUUUUCUUUCCUUCUCACCUCGCUCACGCAAUCGGAAACUUCACCUUUACUGCAAUCGACAUUGAAAAAAGCAAUGUCGGACCCCAGACAGCGCCCAUCGAUUCUCAUUCCUCCCGACCGUGAAGGGGAAGGUUUUCACCUGGCCCAAUUUUGGGAACAUGAAACAGCCUUGCGCUUCCGGGGCUCGGAAAGCCUUCCUUUGGACUGGAAAUUUGCCUACCAGUAUAACCCGGAGAAGAAAAAAAUCAUCUACAACGAGAAUCACCUGAAGAAAUUGCACCAUGCCGCGACAGAACUGAACGACUAUGAUAAUCCGUACGCCACCUUGAUGAUCAGGGGCCCUAAGGAUCUCGGUCCACAGCUCCAAGCGACGACAGUCAUGCUUCGCGUAUUGGGACCCACCGACGAUGGCACCACCCCCCCAACCUUCCAUGGAACGGCGUUUUAUGUUGCACCCACCAUGUUGCAGACCGCCAGACACAAUAUACAGCCCAUGGAGAAUGUAUCGGCCGCUCGCCUGCAAUUCCGCACGACCCAUAACACGUCGGACAGCAAUUCGAUCUCGGCAGGCUUCAAGGCUACUCCUAUUCGCCCAGCGGACGACUCGGUUAAUUUGCCACAAGCCGAAGGUGUUGAAGACAAGGAUCCGGUGGAUUGCUCCGGGUUAAAGUAUCAGAACGACUUUACGUUUUUAAAGAGUAACCGAACGGUUGGCCAAGUUUUGGUUCCCGGCAUGCCGGCCGAUGGAUAUGUGGUCGCUGCUGGAUUUCCUGGCGCUCCAAAAGAAGAGGACGCAGUGGCGGCCGCCGCAGAUAUUGUAGACGAAUUACGCCACCAAGAUGUCGAUCAGUAUAUCAAGGCCGUCGUGGGCAGGGUUACCAAGCUGAGCCGUUUGUUUCACGAAGAUGUAUUGAAUAUUUCUCCAGGAGCGGUCGUUCAACAGGGCUUGCGAAUCGCGACACACGAUUGUACAACACUGCCUGGCUUCUCCGGCGGCCCUGUUAUUCUCAUCGCCUCGCCUGGUGUGUUCAUCGGACACCAUAUUGCUGGUACCAAUCUUCCGGCUGCCGGGCAGAAUCUUUUCUUGUGCUCAACCCAUCCGGCUUACGUUGCCGAGUAUGUCAAGCACGUCCUUCCCGAGCUUUUCGAGGCCCUAAAGACCAAUGCUGGACUCCUCACGUCGAUUCAACAGCGGCACUUUUCUGCUUGGUUGAAGGCAACCUGCGGUGCGCCCGACAUGGAUUUACUUUCUUGCAUCAAGUCGAUAUUGGAAGACAGGACCGACGGGGGGAGGGGGGGAUGAACCCAACCCUACGUAGCUUGCGGUGCGCCCGACAUGGAUUUACUUUCUUGCAUCAAGUCGAUAUUGGAAGAGAGCACGGCCGGAGAGCACGGCCGGGGGGCGGGGGGGAUGAACCCAACCCUAC